GAGGCAGUAAUGACACGUCACGUCACCGGAAACAACAGAAGAAGAAGGAGCAGUGACGCACUUCCUGUCGGUGUGUUCGUGGUCUGGUCGUUGGUUCGGUUCGAGUUCUUCAGAAAAGUCCAGAAACCUGCAGCAGAGAUGGCGAGAAAUGCUGAGAAGGCCAUGACGGCUCUGGCCCGGUUCAGACAGGCUCAGCUGGAGGAGGGAAAAGUCAAGGAGAGGAGACCUUUCCUGGCGUCAGAGUGCAGUGAGCUACCAAAGGCUGAGAAAUGGAGACGACAGAUCAUCAGCGAGAUCUCAAAGAAGGUCGCUCAGAUCCAGAACGCUGGUCUUGGGGAGUUCAAGAUUCGGGAUCUGAACGAUGAGAUCAACAAAUUGCUGAGAGAGAAAGGUCACUGGGAGGUCCGGAUCAAAGAGCUGGGAGGACCCGACUACGCGCGUGUCGGGCCGAAGAUGUUGGACCACGAGGGGAAGGAGGUUCCAGGAAAUCGAGGCUAUAAAUACUUUGGAGCAGCCAGAGACCUGCCCGGAGUCCGAGAGCUGUUUGAGAAGGAGCCUGCCCCUGUGCUGAGGAAGACAAGGGCGGAGCUGAUGAAGGAGGUGGAUGCAGAGUACUACGGAUACAGAGACGAAGACGACGGUGUGCUGCUUCCCCUGGAGGCACAAUACGAGAAACAAGCUGUGUUGGAGGCGGUGCAGAGGUGGAGAACAGAGAGAGAGUCUCGUCUGUCCGGAGAAAAGGAGGAGGAGGAGGAGGAGGAGAGCAUCUACGCUGUCCACAACGAGCCUGACGAUGAAGACGAGAACCGGGAGGAGCCAGAGACAGAGGAGGGCGGAGUCUCCUUCAUGGCACACGUACCUGUACCCUCACAGAAAGAGGUGGAGGAGGCUCUGGUGAGGAGGAAGAAGAUGGAGUUGUUGCAGCGUUAUGCCAGCGAGACUCUUCAGGCUCAGAGUCAGACAGCCAGAACUCUGCUGGGACUCUAACCUGUCUGUCUGACACACCUGUCUGUCUGAUACCUAUCUCUUGUUGAUGUAAAUAAAUAUGGACUACUUUUUAUACUCAAA